UAUAAAAUCCAUGUUGUGCCUGUACAGGGUACCAAGAUAACACGGGGACCCACUCCGUACUUACCUACAUGUUGGAGUUCUGAUUUACAACGCUUUUCAAGUGGCCACAAGCUAUUCACAUAACGUGGACAUUUAAAAACCAAAACGGUGUCAAACUAUCGUAGACGGCAUCUGUGUUCGUCUGACGCUCAAGGGAUCCGGGUCUACUCCUUACUCCUACUAAUUACUUAAAUGGGAUUGGGUUGAUAAUUUAUAUUUAGAUACGGAGGAUGACAGAAUCUAUAUCCGACACAACGCGAGAGUUAGAAGUCGUUGCGAGCGUAAAGGUAUCACGCUAAAGGGAACACUGCAGUAUAUAUUUCGGGUCCGUUCGAGUAGGCUGACCCGAGGUGAUGGCGGGCGUGUUCGGUACACGCCAAUUCACUCUCAGGUCGUUCGCGAUCUGUUAAAGACAACAGUAAGGGGAUUAUAUAAAUACAUGUGUUUAUAUGUAGUGACGCUGGUAUUGUGUUGUCUGAGAUGGCUGUGUGCUUCAUACUGGUCACAUACAUGUGUAUUCUUCAUGUUCACCUGUUGGGAUUUACGUAUGCACAGGCAGAUCCGUGUGUGGAAGGUCAGUACGUAGUAAUUGAUGACGUCAGACGUCGGCCUAUUUAUAAUCCCGGUCAGUUGUGUGAUGACAGGUUAUCUCCCGGAUGGUACAGAUUUCUACUCAACGGCACAGACGCGGAGAUCCCCACCGCAUGUGUUGAGAGUAAAAGCUGUGGCACUUUCGCUCCAGUAUGGUUACGACUUCCGGCAAAAGGUUUACCACUUCCGGGAGAGACAACAACUGGAGAAGGAUGUGCUAAUUAUGAGGGCUGCUGUGCCUUUUCCUUCCCAGUAGUAAUAAGAAACUGUAGAGACUUCUUUAUAUAUAAAUUAGACUGGAUAUACGGCUGUCCAGUCGCCUACUGUGCUUAUACUCCCAUGACGACAUGUUCACAGGGACAAAUCUAUAUACGUCAUUUACAUAGCUGUGUGGAUCACAUCGUAGAAAUCACAAAACCUGUUAUACGUGUCAGGGUGAAAGGUAGUACCAUAUCAUUAAACUGUUCUUUCCACAUUCCUAAUGACGUCAUUGCUUCCACGUCACCUACAUUCCAUGUCGUUUGGUAUAAAGGAGAGAGAGGAUUGUCGUCGAUAAUUCGCAAAACAUUCCGAACGGAAACCAGUGAUACAAUUAGAGUAGGAAGUGACGUGUACGCGGGCAGAUCAAUAACAUGCGCAGUGCAGCCGGUAUCUGGAACACCCUCGGGAGAGAUCACCAGUGACCCGUAUUUCUUGGGCGUUAAGAUACAGGACGGAAAUGUGACGCUGACAGAGGACGGCCCGGCACAGAACCUUACCUGGGUGUCACGACUGCCAAUCGUAUGUAACAAACGUAGACGAAGGCGAGCUAACUCGUGUGGGGCCAAUCUCAUUUUCAGACUCAGCUCGUCCGGAGGAAGUGACUACUCGACGCUACUAUUUUCUACGUGUAAGAUAGCCCUACGGAGAAUCAAACGUUGUCCACGUAAUAUUUGUGCACUGGAUCAACUACAAGUGGUCGUCGCCAGGAACCUCUUUAACCUGGAACCGGAAGAGUACGAUAUAAGUGGCGACAUCUACUUCCACGACGGGAGACUAUGGGAGGGCACUCUGUCAAAGACCUAUAUAACGGUGUAUGAUCUUCCGUCGGCUACGUGCUUUGCUGUGUCAGGAGUCCAAAUUUUAACAUUCAGUUCACGAAAAGAGCGAAUAAGGCGGCGAGGUACCUACAUUUUAUUUCAAAGUUUUGACAAGAAUAUAGAGAUACAUACGAGAGUUCGACAUUGUUUUGGUGAGAGCGGUCUGUGUAUAUGCGGCCUGGUAGCGAGAUAUAGAGACAAUGUUGUCGUCAUUGACAUGUGUCGGCAAAAUACCGGAAAUGAUAAUGACGAUGAUGAAGUAGACUUCCGGUUACUGUCCUAUGGCGGCAGUGGGCCCAUCGUUUCCAAUAUGAAGGUUUUGGAGGGAAGAAACAAUCGACUUAUUCACAUUUUACUGAGUUCAGAGGCUCGCCUGCGAGUGGACAUACAUUCCGGACAAAUGGGCGUCGCCGUUCACGUUUCCGGUUACUAUACGGGAAAAGUGGAAGGACUAUGUGGACCAAUCACAUCGGUUGACUUAUCAUCAACCGGGCCGGAAGUAAACAGACUGCCAGCGCCCCCAUCUGGUACCAAUUCAUGGAGAUUUGCUCCUGGACGAAGUUAUUUCGACCGAUCCCCGAUGCCAGCUGAAAACAACCAAUUUGAUAAUAUGUGUGACUGUUCCUUGGCAACCGUGGGUAAUCCAUGUCCGGAAGUUAAACCAUUUUUGACGUCACAUCCGUUUAUAAGAUUCAAGGAUGUUACAUAUGAUUUGUGGAAUAAAAUUAUUGAACCACCAGAUUACAGAUUUGCUGGUGACAAAGAUGUCACUGAUAUUAGUGAGACCACAGAAAUAAUAAACGAAGAAAGCGCAAGUGAAAGAUGUGGCGAAUUCGUAUUUGCAUCGAAUAUAGCAGAAGCAUGUACAGAUUUCAUCAACGAAAAAAUGCAGUUUAUUAUAGAACUGUGCAUAUCAAUGGCAAUGGGUCAACAGGAAUCCUCCUGGAAGCCAAAUAUCUUAAGACUUACAGAAAGUAUAUGUGAAUCUACUCUGGUCUCAAAACCGGUUGAUAUGGAAACGAACAUGUCACGUGAUAGUUUUAUCAAUGUGACACGUUGUCCGGGUAAUUGUUACAAAAACGGUUUCUGUAGUGAUGGCGGAUGUAUAUGUUAUUAUGGCUACCAAGGAGUGGAGUGUCUUCAAACGUCAGUAUCAACGACUACUACAACUACCACUCCAACUACAACAACUACCAUACCAACCACAACAACUACAACUCCAACUACGACAACUGCCAUACCAACAACUACCACUCCAACUACAACAACUACCAUCCCAACAACUACCACACCGAUAACUACCACUCCAACUACAACAACUACCCCUCCAACCACAACAACUACCACUCCAACUACAACAACUACCAUACCAACCACGACAACUACAACUCCAACUACGACAACUACUCCAACCACAACAACUACCACCCCAACAACUACAACUACCACCCCAACAACUACAACAACUACCACUCUGACUACAACAACUACCAUUCCAACAACUCCAAUUCCAACCACCACAACGACUUCUCCAAGAACAACUACAACCUCCACUCCAACCACAACAACUACUCCAACAUCUACCGCUACCACUAAAACAUCCACAUCAACUCCAACUUCUACACCUUCUAUAACUACUACCGAGCUGACAACAACAACACUUGCCACAACACCACGCCCGGUCAUCCGGAUACCGUUCACAUCAUGCGACAGACGAACAGACGGAUGUGGCAGCGUCCGUAUGUACCUGAGGCGACCUCUGAAAAACUUCAGUGGAGGCUGUGCCGUCCGAAAGAUACAGUUUAAGAACGGUGUGUGGGUGCCCAGUAGUAACAUGGAACGGGCAAUCAUGAGGUAUAUAAACAUAGAGGCAGUGGACUGCUUACUUCCCCAGCAGUCGCGGAGGACAGACUUCACAACAUAUCAGGCCUAUGUAUUUGACUCCGACGGGAACAUGUUAUCCCGUAUGGUAUCCUCUGUAGACAGUGUUUGUCAGACCUGCUCAACGGAAACGGGCUGCAGCUUCUUGAACAACACGUGUUAUAUCAAUAGGACAUGUUAUAUCAGAGGUUACACGAAUCCAAACAACCAUUGUCAGAAGUGUUUACCCGGACGGAGUAUGAGGACAUGGUCACCACGAGAAGAUAAUCGUCCCCCAAUAGUAAGGAUAAAACAGACCGCUUUCUCUAUCAUACAAGGUGACACCAUAUUCACACGUAUUAACGCUUCAGACCCGGAAGGAUCUUCAUUGAAUUUCAGCGUCGAUAGAUCAGAUGCGUACGUUAGCCGACAAGGGACGUUUAAAUGGAAAUCAAAUGUGAGGUCGUUGAGGAGAAAUGGAAGUUCCGAGGUUUUCCGAGUGUCAAUAACAGAUAAAUGUGACGGGAAGCGGACAAUAGUGCUACUUGUGGUAUUGUACCAGUGUGGAUGUAAGAACAACGGUGAAUGUGUCAGUCGUACCGUUAGUUACAACAGAACAGCCAAUGGCUACGAAUGUAACUGUCCCACUAGUUACACUGGUGCUCGAUGUGAAUCACGGGCAAGCGCUUGUCGGAGUAAUCCUUGUUACCAUAGACAUACGUGCGUUGACGUAGGAGACGGGUUUAGGUGUGGCCAAUGUCCAACGGGCAUGACGGGAAAUGGAAUCACGUGUACCAGGACAUGUGAAUCCAACCCAUGUUUCCCAGGCGUACGAUGUACAGACCUUGCGAUGUCUGACCCCGCCAAUACCCAGAAUGCCUACGCAUGUGGACAGUGUCCAACCAAUUACCUCGGCGACGGGCGCAGGUGUAAAGCUCAAAGAGCCAACAUGUGUGAGAGAAACGUGUGUUCAGCUCUCGUGGCCUGUCGGGAGACCAGACGAUAUCCGUAUUACAGGUGUGGAGCGUGUCCAAAUGGUUACCUUGGCAACGGUACAACAUGUACAGCAAAUGCUUGUAAGCAGUACUGCCCCCGGAAUCGUAUAUGUGUCUCCCCUGGAGUGUGUGCCUGUCGAGAAGGCUACACUGGAUUUAUAUGUCACAGACCUGUUUGUAAGCCGCAUUGCCAGAAUAUGGGUUUUUGCCAAAGUGUAAAUAAAUGUCUAUGUAGACCGGGCUAUACUGGACCAAGGUGCGAAACAGCAUACUGCAAACCGGCUUGUAGAAAUAACGGUCAAUGUGUCAGAUACAAUAAAUGCAGAUGUCUCGGCGGCUAUGAAGGUCAUCGAUGUGAAAUACCCGUAUGUAAUCCACCAUGUCAGAAUGGCGGUGCAUGCCUUCCGGGCAAUCAGUGCCGAUGUACUCCGAACUACAAGGGCAAAGUAUGUGCAAAACCCAAAUGUAAUCCGAUGUGUCAAAAUGGUGGAAAGUGUGUAAGACCUGGAGUGUGCAGAUGUCGAGCUCGACACGGAGGCCCUCGAUGUGAGAAAGCCGUAUGCCGUUUCCAAUGUCAAAAUGGUGGGGUCUGUUCCGUAAAUAAUCGAUGUAAAUGUCCCCACGGGUUUCACGGUCGUAGAUGCCAGUUCGCGCACUGUCGCCGAGUAUGCUUGCACGGGGGCCGUUGUGUGGGCGUCAAUCACUGCACGUGUAUCCAUGGUUACACGGGACGUUUCUGUCACAGAGUGAAGUGCACACGAAACUGUAAUGGGCGAGGAUACUGCCGGACACAUGACAAAUGUACAUGCAGAAGGGGAUAUUACGGACCAAACUGUCAAUAUGCCUCGUGCUGGCCGAAAUGUCCCGAGGGCCAGAGAUGUCCCAGCUCCAGCGUGUGUCGGUGUCGCCGGACGACCAACGGGCACGUCUGUCAGUGCACAGCCCGGACGUACAUGUUAUACUCAGCACGAUACCAACAGCUACAGAACCACCCUAAAGUGACACGGAGGCUAAGCUAUAGACUGAAGCUUAACAGAUGAUCAGUUGUCGAUGAUUGGGUUAUAACAAUAAAGUCCGAAGAGGACACAGACGUAAACUGAUUAGAAAUCAGUGAAAUGAUCAAACAGAUGGCGAGAUUUUGUACAGAUGACGAGAUUUUGUAUCUUUUGUUUCCAAGAAACUUUAAACUCAUGGCGUUGUUGUAACGAACGACAUGG